GGGGGCGGGUGCUGGGAGCCUGGCGGGCCGCGAACGUAGCCAUCGCGCUGGGGCCGCCGAGAUUGAGUGCCCGGGAUGAACUUCACCUGGAAAAAGGGCUUCUACAAGCAGGACGUCAACAAGACCGCCUGGGAGCUGCCCAAGAUCUACGUGUCCCUGACGCACGUAGGCAGUGGGGCCUACGGCGCCGUGUGCUCAGCCAUCGACAAGCAGUCGGGGGAGAAGGUGGCCAUCAAGAAGCUGAGCCGGCCCUUCCAGUCCGAGAUCUUUGCCAAGCGGGCCUAUCGCGAGCUGCUGCUGCUGAAGCACAUGCAGCAUGAGAACGUCAUCGGACUCCUGGAUGUCUUCACCCCAGCCUCUUCCCCGCGCAACUUUCAUGAUUUCUACCUGGUGAUGCCCUUCAUGCAGACGGACUUGCAGAAGAUCAUGGGAAUGGAGUUCGGUGAGGACAAGAUCCAGUACCUGGUGUAUCAGAUGCUCAAAGGUCUUAAGUACAUCCACUCAGCUGGGGUCAUCCACAGGGACCUGAAGCCAGGCAACCUUGCUGUCAAUGAGGAUUGUGAGCUGAAGAUUUUGGAUUUUGGGUUGGCACGGCAUGCAGAUGCAGAGAUGACUGGCUAUGUGGUGACCCGCUGGUACCGGGCCCCUGAGGUGAUCCUCAGCUGGAUGCACUACAACCAGACUGUGGACAUCUGGUCUGUGGGCUGUAUCAUGGCAGAGAUGCUGACGGGGAAAACUCUCUUCAAGGGGAAAGAUUACCUGGACCAGCUGACGCAGAUCCUGAAAGUGACGGGGGUGCCGGACGCUGAGUUUGUGCAGAAGUUGAAUGACAAAGCGGCCAAAUCCUACAUCCAGUCCCUGCCACAAAGCCCCAAGCAGGAUUUCUCUCAGCUCUUCCCGCAUGCCAGCCCCCAGGCUGCAGACCUGCUAGAGAAGAUGCUGGAGCUGGACUUGGACAAGCGCCUGACCGCCUCUCAGGCCCUCACCCACCCCUUCUUUGAAUCCUGCCGGGACCCUGAGGAGGAAACAGAGGCCCAGCAGCCAUUUGAUGAUUUCUUAGAACAUGAGAAACUCACAGCGGAUGAAUGGAAGCAGCACAUUUACAAGGAGAUUGUGAACUUCAGCCCCAUCGCUCGGAAGGACUCUCGGCGCCGGAGUGGCAUGAAGCUGCAGUGACCCGUCUAGCCCGACCCUUGGCUGAGCCCAGGAAUGGCCACAUGGUACCACCUGCCAGGCACUGCCCCUGGGACCAAUAUUUAUUUAUUGAAGUUUUAACCCAUCUUGGAUUAUAUAGUCUUCCAAGCAGAGGACAGAGGACCCUUGUCCUUGUGUAAGAAACAGGCCUAGUAGAUGCAGAAUUCAGAGGUGUUGGUUGGGGGAAAAUAGCUAUGAUCAUAACUGGCCAUAUUAAAGCACCCAUCUGGAGAA